AGAGUUUGGGAUUUGAAUAAGUUCCGAGCCUUGUGCGUUUGUGGGACCCGUCUCACGAGUGCACGGCGUCUGUCGCGCUUUGGAUCUGGGUUAUGGGGUGUGACAGAACCAGAUCUGCCCGUGGUUGGAGAAUGGGAAAAUAAGGCAAUCACGGGUAGAUUGAGUAACCUACGCAAGGCGCCCAAAAAACUGCCUUCAGGUUUUUCAGGGCGGCGCUUCACCACGAGGUGGCAAAUAGCGUGCCCUCGAUAAGUGGGUAUAAGAGACUGGAGGAGAUGGUGAGGUUGUACUAGAUCCCCAGAACGAUAUUGCUCCGAGCUGGUGCACAGAAUGAGAGGGCAUGCACGGUGUCACAGAUGGGUUGGAUACCAAUGUACGUGGAUCAUUUUGAGGCCGGCUUGCGAUUUUCCCUACCCGAGCUAAUAUUUGAUCUGUUGGCGGAUUACAAGUUGGCUUUGACGCAGCUGACGCCCAACAACAUAAGGUUCAUCAUAGGCUUUAUGCUGUUGUGUGCGAAGGUGGAGAUACCGACCAAGGCGAUUGUGUUCAAGUCGCUGUUCCAAUGCUGGCUGUGUCCCAACUCUAGAGGCACCAAGUGGUAUUACCUCUCUGGGAGGGAGAAGAGCCAGCUCUUCAAAAACGUCAGGAACAAAGUGGCGAGGUGGAAGAGGCAGUUCGUCUUUGUUCAUGAUACACGAACAGAAAGAAUAAACGAUGACAUCGCUGCUCGCCUCUCUGAAUGGCGCGUGCUGAACGCGCAUGUAAACUACCCCCAACUGUUGCUUCGGGAUACAAACUUGAAAAAUCAGCGGCUAGAGUAUGCGAGGAGGGAGAAUUUAAUAGACUUAAAAGCCCUGGUUACCUCAGAGCAGCUUGCAGUGUUUGGGUUUGUCGACGUAGCAAACUAGUUCACAGAAGGUAUAUUUUUAUCAUACACUGCGAAUUCUAGUCGAGCUGAGUCUUAUGCUUUUGUUUGUGCAGGAGAAAUGCGCAGCAUUUUGGAAAGGCAACAUCAACGAGCUCAGGGCUUUAGGAAUUGUGGAGCUGGGUCCGGUUCAAAUCGUCAAACUCAUUUUGACGAACGGCCACCUGCUGCACCAGGGCACAAUUUGUCACAUAGGAGUUUGGGCUCAGCACCAAGACCACUUGCUAAGCAGAGAGUUGAAAUUACGCCCCCUAGUUCAAGGAGGCGCGCGCGGGAGGACUCGGACGCUGAGGAUGACAUUCCCCUCUUCCGACGAAGGACGAGUACGGGAUCCUAGCCCGCUCCAGCCGCUGCAGCGCGACCUACCAACGUGCCCCCAGCGGCAGUGCGUGAGGUGGCUGAAGCAGUGCUUGCCUCAUCUUCUGUAGCGAGGCCAAGGAUUGCAUACCCGGAUGGCUUCAGUUAUGUAAGAACUGACUGUCAGGCCGCAAUGGUACAAGGUGUGUAGAGCUUUGUGCCUCCGGCAGAUCGUUAACGUGCUAAGGGGCAUGUUCAACAGCAUGGAGGUCAUGUUGCUUUUUUGAAGCUGAUGGAUGUAAG